AUGAAUGCUAUGACCUAUUGCAUUUCUCUCCUAUUCUUUGUAGAACUCAGCUGAGGAGCUAGUCCGAGUGUCUCUUAUAUAUUUCCACCUCAAUAUUCUUAUAAUUUCGAUUCAUCAUCUCUUCAAAUCAAACUGAGCGAAGCAGUUUUAGCAGGAGACAGCAUUCAGCAAAAAUUUGGUUUUUCACUUUGAGUCAAAAUGUUCCAGGUACUCACUCCUGGGAAAAUAUUUAGAAUUCUCCAGCCUGAUGCUAAAGAAAGUGAUAAUGAAGAUUUUGUUAGUCUUUCUUAUUCCCGCUUAUCACAUCAAUUUACAUUAGCAUGGCUGAAUUAUGGGAACGAAUUGUUUUCAAUACUAAAUUUACCUUAUGUAUGCUUUAUUUAGACUAUCUCUGCGAAUUGAAUAUUUAUUGGAAUAUCAGCUGGCUUUGAAAAUAGUCUUGCCUUUUUUAUUGCAAUAAUUUAG